AUCUUAGCUCCAAAUACAGCCAUGAAGUGGCUUAAGACUAGAUUCUUAAACGUGUUCAGAAUGAAAAAAAAAUCUGAUUGUAGUCAUAAUAAACUGUAAUCUGAACAUGAGUCAAAGCCUCCAAACUAUGUGGUGGAGAAGCUCAGGUCGUAGAGAAUAAGAACGUCAUGGGAACAAGCUAUGCUUGACCUGCUUGUUCGGUUACACUUUACCCUUUUCAAACCAUUUAUAAGGGCUGAUCUCGUAAAUUAACCGUUUCUAACCAGGGAAUAACAAAUGAAAAAGGCCCAUUACAGAACUAGAAAAAGUUAGUUGUCGUUACAGUGACAGUUAGGAAUUUUGUAUAUAUUCUUCAGUAAAGUCAGCGCACCUGCUCACAAUUAAUCCUUAAAUCUCAUCCAACAGCUUUACUCCUCUCCCAUUGUAACCCGUGGCAACUGCUUCUGUGUCAACAGAAAUCUUGGACAGCCUAUGCUGCUGAGUGCAGCCUAGAGUUUCUCCACCACCACCACCACUACCCAUUGGCUAGCUUGAAGUUGAAUGAAUGGCUUGAAACUCUUGACCUAUCAAUAAUGCAUGAGAGUGUACCUUUAAUGCGUUCUUGAGCUCAUUUCCAGGUGAGCGCGACUAAGUGGUGGGACACGCCGAGCUAUCCAGAACCGGAUUUUAUUUAGUUUUGGGGAAUCAAAUCCAAAGUCAAGAUGGAGCUCCUGGGAUCCACCCUGACAGCCACGUACGCGCGGCCCAAAACCAGCCACUUCCUGCCCGCCAUCUCCACCAUGGCCUCCAGCUACCGCGGCACCCAGCUCCCCCUCACCUUCAACCCCAUCUCCCACCAGUGGCGGAGCAACAACUACCCCCGGGCCGGCAGCGCCAUCCCGUCCAUCCGGCAGGGGAGGGACGGGGACCUGGACCUGGUGCGCUCCAACACCAUGUACCACCCGUCCAACAGAGCCAUGCUGAGCACCCGCUACACGCCCGACGACUGGUACAAGUCCAACCAGAGCAACUACCGCGAGUCCGAGUCGUCCCGGAACAGCGCGGAGCGGCUGCGGAAGGACACCUUGAGGCUGAUGCAGGACCGCGAGCAGCUCACCCGCCGCACUCAGGAGUACACCAGCAAGAACAUCGGGGAGCGCCUGAACGACAUCGUCUUCUGGAGGUCGGAGCUCAACCACGAGAUAGACAACAUGGUGACGGAGAUCGCCGCGCUCGCCGAGGUCAAGAGGAGGCUGGAGAGGGCCCUGUCCGAGACCGAGGGUCCCCUGCAGGUAUCCCAAGAGUGUCUCUAUCACAGAGAGAGGCGGAUGUCCAUUGACCUGGUCCAUGAUAAUGUGGAAAAGAACCUCAUAAGGGAGGUGGAAAUCAUCAAAUCCUGUCAGGAAAGAAUGAGGAGGCAUCUGGAUAGAGCCAUCUCUCAACUGGCGUCAAACCGAGCUGCCCAGCAUGAGCUGGAGAGGGAUCUGAGCGACAAGGUGUCCGCCCAGAGGAUAGACGACAGGUGUCACCAUCUGAGGAACACUUCGGAUGGGAUCAGCUACUACAGAGGAGUCGACAGACUGGACCCCUCCCUCUCCCUACCAGAGUCCUGGUCCAAGUUCACAGAUGACAACAUCCUGCAGUCCCAGAGCCAGCGGGCUGCCUCCCACAAGCUGAGGGAUGAGAUCGAGGUUCUGCUGAGCACCACGUCUAAUGACAUGUGGACCCAGUUCAACAGCGCCAACGUAGCCUUCACCAACCGCAUAUCAGAGAUCGCCGACACUAAAAACAGCCUUCAGACACACCUGGCUAAGACCCUUCAGGAGAUCUUCCAGACAGAGAUGCUGAUCGAUUCCCUGAAGAAGGCCCUGAGGGACAAGGAGAACCCGCUGAAGGUGGCCCAGACCCGGCUAGAGGAGAGGACACGCAGGCCCAACGUUGAGCUCUGUAGAGACAACCCCCAUCACAGGCUGGUGGGCGAGGUGAGGGAGAUUGAGGACACCAUCCAUAAACUCCGGGACAGGCUGAUGGAGGCCGAGUCCACCCUACACACCCUGGUCAAGACCAAGGUGACCCUGGAGCACGACCUGUCCGUCAAGGCCAACUCCCUCUUCCUGGACCAGGACAAGUGUAUGGGCAUGCGCAAGACUUUCCCCAGCACACCCCGACUGGUGGGCUACACCUAAUGGCCUCCGGCGCCUCACAGUGACCCCCUAGGGGAGAUGGGAGACCUAGCCCUGCUGGUGACCCCACACACUGUGCUGUGUUAAGAUUGAAAAUACAUCCGCAGUCCGGAUGGAUAUCCUUAACUCAGCCGGCAUGUAACGUUGUUGAAUAUGUUGGGUGUUGGGUCACAAAUGGGGACCUUAACUGGGAAUGAAAAAUGGCUUCAGUUCAGAUAUUUGUAUAUUGAGUGAUUUAGAGGUGGUAAAUGUGUUAACUUAACAGGAUCCAAGUGGUAAAAUAACAUAGAUGAAUAACAGUGGCUAUACCUAUUUUGUUACGGCAUUACCCACACUUGGUAGCAAGUAAUUCUAAUGUAUGUUUACAUUUGAAAAAAAGAUUACAUUAAAGACAAUGAAAAAAGGA